UGCAGCUUGAGGUCAUCCACUGAACGCUGUGCGCGCCUCGGAGCUCCCCAAGAAUCCAGCCCACCCGACUCUCUGCUCCAUCGUCCAGCGACCCGACAAGCCAUCCACCCACAGACGGCGCUGGGACGCAGAACCUUUCGAAAAUGGUACGAUUCUCUGCCGCCCCUUGGUUAGGUAUUUUACCAAAUGCUAACCUGCUCUCUUUUUACUCAUCUCGUGCAGCUGCCCCUCGGGCUUCUCAACGCGGCGCAGGGCCACCCCAUGCUGGUCGAGCUCAAGAACGGCGAAACACUCAACGGUCACCUCGUGCUGUGCGACACCUGGAUGAACCUCACCCUGCGCGAGGUCGUGCAGACUAGUCCGGAGGGCGAUAAGUUUGUGCGGUUGCCUGAGGUCUACGUCAAGGGGAAUAAUAUCAAGUACUUGCGCGUUCCGGACGAAAUCUUCGAUGUGGUGAGGGAACAACAGAGCCAACAAGGCGGUGGCUACCGUGGAGGACGCGGCGGUCAAGGGAGAGGAGACCACGGUGGUCGCGGUGGAGAUAGGGGGCGUGGUGGGCGAGGGCGGGGAGGUGGAAGGGGUGGGCGGGGUAGAGGGUCAUGA